CUACAACAAUCACACACCAUCUUCAAAUCUCUCUUUCUCUCCCUCUGUCAAAGUGAUAAUUUGUACGUACACAGUUCUGCCAAGUUACAUUAUAGCGCAGCUGAUAAGCUAGAGGACAAGCGGAGAGAAUGGGGAGAGCACCAUGUUGCGACAAGAGCGGGUUGAAGAGAGGGCCAUGGACCCCAGAGGAAGAUCAGAAGCUCCUCGACUACAUUCACCAGCACGGCUACGGAAAUUGGAGGACUCUCCCCAAGAAUGCAGGGUUGCAAAGGUGCGGGAAGAGCUGUCGCCUGCGGUGGACAAACUAUCUAAGGCCGGACAUCAAGAGAGGGAGGUUCUCUUUUGAAGAGGAGGAGACCAUCAUUCAACUCCAUGGCAUUUUGGGGAACAAGUGGUCUGCGAUAGCGGCUCGUUUGCCUGGACGAACGGAUAACGAGAUCAAGAACUAUUGGAACACCCACGUCAGGAAAAGGCUGCUCCGGAUGGGAAUCGAUCCGGUGACGCACGCCCCUCGCCUCGAUCUCCUCGACUUCUCUUCCAUCGUUAACCCUUGUCUCUUCAGUAACAGUGCGUCGGCUCAAGUGAACUUCUCGAGACUGCUCGGGGUCGACCCUCCGAUCAAUCCCGAACUCUUGAGGCUCGCGACGUCUCUCCUGUCGUCCCAACAUCAAAACUCGAACCCGACUCCUCAAAAUUUCGAAGAAAGCCAGCUAACAAACCAACAAUUUCAAGAAAUCCCUGGUUUUACUGCGGUGGCCUCCACCUUUGUUCCAUUUCCUAAUGAAGCGCCAGUAUCACAACCCAAAUUAGUAGAUGAAUUUCCUUCAAAUCUCACAGAUUUCAGCUCUUCGAGUAAUUCUCAGAUAAGCGACUUGGCUUCAAGUUUGACAGAAGAUUAUGUUCCAUUCCCAACUUACGACUACGACUACCGCAGCUCAGACCAAUCGUUAAUCGACCAUUCAUCGACCAACUCCACCUUCAAUUCUCAUGAUAGCUACCAAAGUUUCUGCUCGUCCAGCCCGACAUAUAUCACUAGCAGCACAGAGGACGAGCGGGAAAUUAGCUACUGCAGCAACAUGUUGAAAUUCGAUUUGCCAGAUCUUUUGGAUGUGAAUGAAUUCAUGUGAUGUCAAGAACCAAGAUGGUGAAGAAGAGUUUGCCACGAUGGUCCUGGAUUUGACGUUCUCGAUAGGUGUAGAAGCGAUAAAGCUUCUCUUUUUACUUCCUUUUGUUUAGUAAUCUCAACAUUGAUGUACUUGACUGUUCCUUCAAGUUUGCAUAGUUAAGCUUACGCUAUGAGGAAGGCAAGAUCGUCCUGAUUUCCUCUUUUCUCUUACUUUUAUGAGUUUUUUAGUGUGGGUGUGUUUCCAUUAUUGCUAUCUAAUCUUCUAUUCUUUUCU